AUGCCAAAUUCUAAUUGGCUUUUAAAAAAAGACACUGCUAGUAGUGGUCGUUCUCAACGAAGCAUUCCUCAUAUUUUAAGUGGCAUCUUUCCUGGUUUAAGACAAAUAAUGAACGAAAACAAUAACAACGAUAUUAUUAAUAAUUCUUCUCCUGCGAUUACCAUAUCUACAUCUACCACAACUAAUAUUAAUACUAAUAAUACUACAACAGCUUCUGCAACGACAAAUAUACAAUCACCGUCUAAUUAUGAUGAUUUUAAUAGACAACCACGUACCUCAGAUGUUUUUUCUGAAGCUAGAACUGAUUUCAUACAUCUUUACGAUACAAACAAUUUGUCAAAUUAUGAAAUUAACAAAAAUAAUAAGAAAGAAUCUCUCACUCGUAACAAAUUUCCUGGUUCAAAAAACACAUAUUAUAGAAAUAUCUUUAUUAAUGAUAAUUCUUCACUUCAUAGAAUAGGAAAUGUUUGUUGCAGACAAUUUAAUCCAACAAAUCAUUCGAUUUACACAAUAUUAGUACCAUCAAUAAUAUUUCUAAUAGGAAUAUUACUUGGUUUAGUUACCUAUUUUGUAUUGAUAAAAAACCAAAAACAGAAUUUCGAUGACUCAAUUUUAUAUAAUUGUGAUGAACGUAUGAAAGCUAUAAUCAAUGGUUUUAUUAAUAGUUUGGAUAUAACAAGAGAUUUUCUAGCCUUCGUCACUGUUGCUACAAAUAUUAAUAUUACAGCUGUAAAUCAAAAUGAUAAGCGAUUACUUUGGGAAAAAGAUAAUGGACCGAUAAAUGAAUUAAAUGCUAACGGUGAAUUCGUAUAUCGUGGAAAUGCUUCUGAAUAUUUUCCUAUUCAAUAUUCAUAUCCUAUACCACGCGCAACUUAUUAUGAUAUCUUUUCAGAGUCUAAGCGUGCUUCAUCUAUUACAAAAGCAAGAGAAACAAAAAACAUGACUUUAACUAAUAAGUUACCAUUAGCUAGUAACGCGAGCAUCGGAGGAAUUUUUGUAUUUUUUCCUUUUUAUGCAAAUGCAUUUAGCAAAAAUAACCCACCUGACUCAGAUGUUGAUGGCGUUAUAUUUGGCAUCUAUGAUAUUGACACAAAUUUUGCAAAUAUUUUGAACCAAUUAAAUGAUGUUGGCGUUGCUCUUCGAAUAUUAGAUCACGAUGAUGACGAUUCUGUCUUAUUUGAUUCCAGAUUACAAUCAAAUCAAACAAUAUAUCGUGCUCAACCUCCUUUUGUUUCUGAGCACCAAGUUUUGGACAGAGCUUGGAAAUUUGAAUGUUAUGUCUCGGAAUCUUUAUACCAAUCGGCAAUUCCCCAUGUUAUUCCUUCUAUUUCCUUGGUCAUUUUCAUAAUUUUUUUUGGUUUUUUAGGUUUAUUAACUUCUAAAUACUUUAAAAAAUAUUUAUACACCAGGGAUAUGGCUAACAUUCAAACUCAAAAAUUAGGCAGAACUCAAAGUUUACUCAAAGCAAUGACUGCUGAUAGUAAGGCUGUAUUAGAAGCGAUAGCUGACCCUUUGGUUGCCUUGAAUUCAAAAGGUGAAAUAGUUGGCGCAAACAAACAUGCUUUAAAAUUGACCGGUUAUUCUCCUGACGACAUCAAAGUUGAAAAUAAAAUGCAUAUAAGUCAUUUACUAUUACCUCAUCCUGAUACUCCUCCAAUUUUUGAUGAUAAUAAUAAUGGUAUUGGCUUAACAAGAGAUUCAAAUCAAUCGGAAGUGGCUGUCAGACCUGGUAUGAAAGAUGUAUUUGCAAGAAGAAAGGAUGGUACCACUUUUGAAUCCGAAGCAAACUUUUCCCAACCUGUUGUUGAAAAAAAUUAUUUCACUCAAGUUGUAAUGUUUAGAGAUGUCACUUUCAAAAAAGAAAAUGAAAGGGCUGUAAUCGAAGCAAAAAAUGAGGCUGAUCUGGCAAAUCAAUCUAAAACCGAAUUCUUAUUUUUCUUAUGUCACGAAAUUCGUAAUCCAGCUCACGCCAUAUUAGGUUUCGUAGAUAUGUUACAAAAGUCUUUAAAAAAUCAAUACGAAGAAUUAGAUUAUAUCACGGCAGCAGGAAAAUUUUUGAAUUUCAUAGUAAACGAUGUGCUUGAUUUAACUCAUCUGACAAAUCCUUCUCCUUACGAAAUAGAAUUAAAAUCUGAAGAAAUGGAUCCUUAUUUGUUAAUUCAAAAUAUUGCUAAAAUCCAAUCAAUUGAGGCCUCAAGUAAAAGGAUUAACCUGAAGACCAUCAUACAUAGUGAUCUCCCGAAAAAAUUAUAUAGCGAUCCGCAUCGAUUAGAACAAGUGUUAAAUAAACUGUUGGCCAGAUCAAUUGAAGUUUCACCGGAGGGCAGUGUUAUCGAAUUAGAGUUACAGGUAUUAAAACAAAGUAAAUCAAAAGGUGUUCUAACAAGAGUUUCUGUAAAAGAUCAUAGCAAAGGAUUUCGUACAGACGAGGAAAUUUCGGAAUUGUUUAAACCUUACUCGAAAACAAAUUCAAGUAUUGGGUCAAGGUUUCAUGCUCAAGGUUUAUCAAUGGCAUUAGCUCAAGCUAUUAUUAAGGUUAUGGGUGGUAGAUUAACGGUUGAUAAAAUCACAAAAUCUACUCAACAUGCUAGUAGAGUUUGGUUUGACAUAUGGAUAUUAACUGAAGAUGCAAAAUAUUCAAUCAGAGAAUCAUUUGAUACAAAUAUUAGUAGAAAUGGAUCUAGUGGUGGUGGCGAUGGACUUGGUUACGUAUUAUUUAACAGUAAAUUUGGUAGCGCUCCCAGUUCAACUGAUGGUAGAAAUCUUAAUUAUGUAUUAGAAGUGGACACAAUUGAUUCUGAUAAUAAAGCACAAUUAAGAAGUUCUAAAAGCAUGUCAAUUGCAAUGCCUAAACGUAGCCAUAAAUCUUAUAAAAAUGCACCUCAUAAAAUAAACUCAAAGCAAUCAAAAAUGACAACAAGUGGUGAAGAAUCAGAUGAUGAUGUCCGUAGUUCAAUAAUGUUGGCAGUAUUAGGUAAUAAAUCGUCAAAAGAUGCAAAUAAAUCAAUUAUGAAAGAUAAUAAUAGUAAUAAUAAUAAGCUAAAAGAUGCAGUAAAUAAUAAAAGUAAUAAUGCGUUAGGUUCUGGUGGGUCAUCUUCAACAAUAAUAACAAUAAAUAAUAAUAAUGAUAACAACAACAAUUUACAUUUGCCAAUAACGAAUGAUGAUAUAAUACAUAAUCAUAUUCAAACUAAUAAUGAAAUAUCAGUAACAACAACAAAUUCUUUAAUUGAAAACGCUAAUAUUAAUUCUUCAAACUUAUCGCCUGGUUUACCUCCAAUCGUAACCUAUUAUUCUGGUGAUAAUGACGGACAAGAGGAGCUAGUUUUAAAUAAUAAUGAUUCCAUAAAUGAUGACUUACAAGAAGACUAUCAUUCUUCGCCGCAACAACAAAUCAAUGCUGAUGAUAAUAAAUCAAGUAAUAAUGUCAAUUCACCACGAUCGUCAUCAAAUCAUCCAUUACACAUAACGCUUCCCAAUACAAUAUCCAUAACAAACAAAGAAAAUUCACCAUCAUCAAACGCGCCUCAUACACCUCCACCAUCAUCACAUGCACCUAGACCACCGUCAUUGAUUAUGUCCGCCUAUUUGGCGCAAAGAGUCACCUCGAAAAUGUUACUGAGAAAUAAUUUUACGGUUGAAUUAGCAAAUCACGUUGAAGUUAGUGGCACUGACAAUGUUAAGGUUGAUAAUGGUGAUAAGUUUUGGAAUGACGAUGGUAACAAUGAUAACAAAGUGAUUUAUAAUGCUGAUGAUAUAGGCUAUUGUUGUAUACUAAUGGAUAUUAUAACACCUGUGAUGAAUGGAUAUGAAGCAACAAAACUAUUAAGAGAUAAUGGUAUCGAUAUACCUAUAUUAGCCUUGACAGCUAAUAGUUUUGGUAGUGAUGUUAAAAAAUCUACAGAAGUUGGUAUGGAUGCGUUUUUAACUAAGCCGAUAAACGAAACUCAAUUGAUUAAUGCAAUUAACAAAGAGAUAGAGAAUUAUAAAAAUAAUAAAUUGCAACAUCAACUUAAAAAAGCAGUCGAAGAUGAAGAUGAAAUAUAUAUUGAACAAUCACCACAAUCUUUACAUUCAUUAAGGUCUUCUUGA